GUGUAAACUAUCCAUAAACCAAAAUCUUUUCUUUGUGUUUAUCUCGAAAACUAUUUGAACAAAUAUUCCAGAAAUCUAAAUCAGGGAAAUCAUAAAAUGCCUGGAGUUGAACCAUAUCUCAGUGAUGAAGACUAUAUUAUCAUGCGGGCUAAGGAGGCCCAGAAAAACAACAUCAACAGUGCCAAAGCAUGGAUGCUGACUGCAAAAACACUAUUUCCUACAGACUUCAAAAUACAAUUUGAAGCUUAUCUUAUGGAGAAACAAUCUGGGAACGUACAAGAAGCUGCUGAGUCUUUUAGCUCAUUAGUAAUUUCGCGUCAGAAUCUCUCAGAUUUGCUCCCAGAAAUAUCUGCUAUAGCCAAUGCAUUGAAAUCUUCUGAGGCUAGUUUUCUAAGCCAGAUGUUUGAUAAGAUUUGUCCUGAUAUUCAGCUAACCAUUCUAAAAACGAGUGUUGAACACAGUGAUGACACCAUGGAGCACUGCAGAUUACUGGUACUAUUACUAAAGAAAUUUCCUCAACUAGGUGUUGAUAGUCUUGUAAAGACAUUAAUUAAUGCUGAAAAGUUCUUCUACGAUAAUCGAUAUGCCUGUUUGCUUGUGGUAGAAACAUUGCCUCUGCUGAACUCUUUGGAAUCUCCUCGACUGCUGCAGCGCUUGGUUGUCAAAGCUAUUGACUUUUACAACUCCUAUGUGUAUGAUGAGGCUGAACAUGACAUAACUGAUCCAUGGCAAAGGCUCUAUGGUGUGUUAGAAUUACUCGGAAGGCAGCUUGGGUGGGAUAUGUAUUUUGUCAAUUACAACAAUAGCCUUAACAAAGAAGCAUACCUUCAGAAACUAAAUACCCUGAGAAACUGUGAAGAUAGUAGACAACUCUUGUACUGUGGCACUACCUUUCUUUUAAAAUCCCUCCAUGAACAAAGGGCACUGAAAGGAAACCAUGUUCUUAUAGAAGCAUUAUCCGACCCAGAACUGGCUCCCUCUAAAAGGCGCAAAGGGGAUGUAGAAGUGACUGGGCCAUCAGCACAGCAGUUCCAAGCUGCAGCUCAGUGCUGGGAACUACUGCACAGUAAUGAAGUCAUUUCCAGAGCAUUCAUGAAGUUAGCCGUACAGCUGCAGGCAAAGCCAUGGGCCGAGGGCUUCACGGAGGAACUAGCCCUGUACCGAGGAAGAUAUGAUGAAACACUCCCACCUGCUACAGUCACCACCCUGACAGCCAGCCUAGUGAGGGCAUCUGUUAACUUUGUUCAAAAUAAAUACACCAACUGUGUAGAAAACUUCUUAGCAGCAAUAAAUUUACUCCCGUCAGUUGAAGGAGCUCUGGAGACUGAAUUAAUUGUUGGUGGCACACAUAGACAUUUACACUUCCUUCCUCUGACUAAGGUCUCCAUUAUGCACUACAUCUGUACUUUGCUAAUAAGAAUCUUGCUGAAUGCAGGAGGCGGCACAGACCUGACCUACGGUCACAUCCUGGUGUUGAUGCAGCUAGGGUGGCCACAAGAGGAAGCUAUAUUUCUGCAGAUUCUUGAUAGUAUAAAGAAGAAAGGAGUAUUCACGUAUCAUUUGUUUUCGUCUUACAUCAUCCACAUUGAUAUACUUGAAGAGUUCAGUUUCAUGUGGAAUGAACAAGGGAACAAUGUUGCAUUAGACAUAAUACCCAACUCCCAACAACACAUGGGGCAGAGAAGGAUUGGCACUCGAGGGGCAGAUAAAGGGGUGAAAGAGGACUUCAAGCAAGCUAUAAAAGCACAAGUAUCAAGAAAUAAUGAAUCAAUACUCAACAUCCUUGUACAGUUCAUUUCAGCUGAAAGAGCAUAUCUUUUGCAAAUCUAAUUCUUCACAUUGUACAUAAGUUAAGUUAAAGUCACUGUCGCUGACAAGUGCCAUAAGUUAAUAAAUUAUAAAAAAUA